AUGCAGCCAGUGCCCCUGGCCUUCGGGCCUUCUGCUGCUGCUGCUGCACCAGCAGCAGCAACAACUGCAGCAGCAGCAGCAGCAGCAGCAGCAGCAGAAGCAGUCAACGGCGUUUCAAAUGGGCAGCCUGGGGGGCCUGCUACACCCCUGCAGGUCCCGCAGCAGCAGCAGCAGCAGCAGCAGCAGCACAGCCAGCAGCAGGGAAUGGCAGAGUCUUUGGGGGCAGUUGGUAGCAGCAAGAGCAGCAGGAACAGCAGCAGCAACAGCAGCAGCAGCAGCAGCAGCUGCUGCGGCCAUGUAUACGCAGAACGCCAGGCUGCCUUCAAAAGCCACCCAGCAGCAGAGACAAUGCGGCAGCAGCGGCUAGAGAUGAACUCUAUACUGCGGUCAGGUGCUCGUGCUGAGCUGCUGCAGCAGCUGCGCGCGGAGACAGAGAGACAGCUGCGGCAGCACAGCCAGCAGCAGGGAAUGGCAGAGUCUUUGGGGGCUGUUGGUAGCAGCAAGAGCAGCAGGAACAGCAGCAGCAACAGCAGCAGCAGCAGCUGCUGCGGCCAUGUAUACGCAGAACGCCAGGCUGCCUUCAAGAGCCACCCAGCAGCAGAGACAAUGCGGCAGCAGCGGCUAGAGAUGAACUCCAUACUGCGGUCAGGUGCUCGUGCUGAGCUGCUGCAGCAGCUGCGCGCGGAGACAGAGAGACAGCUGCGGCAGCAGGAGGAGCUGCUGCAGCAGCAGCAGCACGACGAGGAGGUGAUACACGAACACCAGCAGCAGCAGCAGCAGCAGCAGCAGCAGAGGAGAUACCGCAGCAGCUGCAGCAGAAACCACAGCGAAGCCGCCAGGGCACCGCUCGAGUGUAUGGACAGCCGCCCGCUGCAGCAGCUCAUCACGCAGCCGCAGGCAUUGUAUGAGCCACCAGAGGAUUUCAAGUCAGGAGACUACAUGGUGGGCGUGCGUCCCGAGGGCCGCAGCUGCCUGCUGCUGCUGCGGGGGGGGCGAGGGUAUUUGUAUGGGAAGAACGGGCGGCCUUUGCUGCGGGUGCAGUGCAGCAGCAAGUGGCAGCAGACAGCAGGUGCAGCAGCACGAGCGGGCAUGCAAGGUGGAAACCCUCUUCAGCUGCUGCUGCGGCAGCAGCAGCAGCAGCAGCAGCAGCAGCACGAGCUGCAUAGACUGCCACUGGGCCGAGAGGAGAUACAGGAAGAGCUAGAGAAAGAAAUAUAUUACGGGUUGCCUGCAUGCGAGAAGCAGCAGCAGCUGCUGCAGCUCAGCAGAGGCUUUGACGUUUCUUUGUAUGGCGGUGUCUCCGCCUCUCAGGCUGAGGACUGCAUGCAGCAAGACCAGCAGCAGCAGCAGCAGCAGCAGCAGCAGCAGAGGGGGAUUCUGCCGCUGCUGUAUUUGCCUAUGGGGGUUUUGUCUAAGGGCCUCACGCUGCUUGAGUGCGUGCUCUGUCCAUACACCCGAGCAAACAUGCAUUGCUGCUGCGUUCGUUACGCCGAGGCUGAGGGAGACGCAGCAGCAGCAGCAGCAGCAGCAGCAGCAGCAACAGCAGCAGCAGCAGCAGCAGCAGGAGGAGGCGAGGAAGAGCCGCUCUGGCAGGUGCUGUUUGUUGCUGAUGUUUUGUUUCUCGGCGGCCUCAUGCUGGGGCACUGCGACUUUGAGUGUCGGCACUUCUUUAUACGGAGCAGGGGCAAGGGGCCUCUGCUGCUGCAUGCGCUCCCGAUAGAGGAGACACCUGAGGCCUUUGCUCCGCUGCAGCUGCUGCCGUUUGCUGCUGCUGCUGCAUCUGAGUUGCAGUCUCUCGUGGCUGGGGGCAAGGGGCCUCUGCUGCUGCAUGCGCUCCCGAUAGAGGAGACACCUGAGGCCUUUGCUCCGCUGCAGCUGCUGCCGUUUGCUGCUGCUGCUGCAUCUGAGUUGCAGUCUCUCGUUGCUGGGUGA